AUUAUUAUUCAGACUCAUAUCAUCCCAUCAUUGUCUCGAUCUCUCACAACCAUGUCAGCUCUCUUCCCUUCUGUGCGCUCAGCGCUGCGCUCUUCUACAGGCGUAUCGCGCUCCUUCUCAGCUUCCGCCGUCUCGCGCUACGCCUCUGCGCCUGGUCCCACGGCCAAGUCGCGCACCUCGCCGGGAAAGACGCCCGUCAAGGGAGAAGGAGAGAGGCAACAUCCUGGAUACAUCAGUGAGAAUGUAGACCCCACGAGCGAUCACCCUGCUGAGCUUGGUGAGGCACCAGCUGGAUCGCAGCCCCACUCGCAAGUGCGCAAGGCCUCGACCAAGACCGGCCCUGCCCAUCCUGAUGUUGAGGCCAUGGCCAAGGGCGCAGAGUCAGACGUCGGCGGUUCUGAUGCCAUUACACCUACUGAGAGGACCCAAAAGGUGUGGGGACCCAACUCAAGAACUCCAGAGUUCAACGAGUAUGAGGGCAAAAGGAACCCUGUUCUUGAUGGCGGCUCUCACGAGGGUGGACUCAGGGAGGACGGCAAGGGCUCAAAGACCUGAUGCGCUGCACACGCGAUGGAAAGGCAUGGGUCAUAGUAGGAGAGA